AUGCGCAAUAGUGUAAUACCUUUAACUGAUCAAAUAAAAAUCCUGGGCGUAAUUAUAGAUUCUAAGCUAAACUUUAUCCAACAUGUUAACUACGCUAUUAAUAAAGCCAGUAAAAUAUUCAAAAACCUAUGUAAGUUUGUCCGACCAACUUGGGGCGUUCACCCCGAGAAUGUCGAGUGCAUAUAUCGGCAAGUCAUCGUCCCUAUCAUCACAUAUGCUGCAGGUAUCUGGGGUACGGCCACUAGAUUUUACUCUGUGCGCCGAGCCCUCAGAUCUUUCCAACGGAGCUUUGCCAUCAGAGCAAUUCGCGGCUUUCAUACUAUCUCGGCAGUUGCGGCACUUGCGUUAGCUCAAUUUGCUCCCCUCCACCUAAUAAUAAACGAAACAUUCCACAUCCACAACAUCAAACGGACCGGAACAUGCAAAGAACUGCCUGACGAUAUAAUACUAUAUCCAAAAUCCAAAGUCAGAGAACUCUUACAUCCGGCCAACCGGGUCACCAUAAAUUACGAUGAAGCUACCACGCAGGAAGAAACCACUGCUCUAAUAAAUCCUGAUGCUCCAAAUAUUUUCACGGACGGUAGCAAGAAAGAAGACGGACAAGCGGGGGCUUCGUUCGUGGUGAUGCGGGAAGGACAGCAACCUGUAAUCAAGAAAUUCAAAUUGUGCCGCACUGCCACAGUUUUUAUGUGCGAGUUAUUCGCCAUAGCCGAAGCUCUCAAGUGGCUCACAAAUGUAAACGCUAACUUUACUGAAGCUCUCAUCUUCUCGGACUCCCAAUCAUCCCUCAAGGCCAUUCAAGACCGUAGCAACACCGACCCAUUAGUGAACCAAAUUCACCACCUCAUCUCUUUCCUCUCCUCCAUCCGUAUAAUAGUCAAAUUCGUCUGGUCUAAGGCUCAUGUUGGCAUAGUGGGGAACGAGAUAGCAGACGCUGCGGCUAAGGAGGCCGCUGAGAAGAAAACCGCAACUCUGCUAAAUCAUUUCCCACUCUCACACGCCAAGCGUCUUCUGCGCCAGCACACUUUAGACGCCUGGCAGUGCGAAUAUGAGUCGGCCCCGCAAGGGUCCGUAACAAGGUCCUUCUUUCCAUCUAUCUUUGCAAUAGCCCAAUUCCGACAGUACAUUAAACCUUCGUUCUCCGUCACUCAAAUCUUAUCAGGUCAUGGAUAUCAUAAGUCAUACCUACACAAGUACAAAAUCACUGAGGACGAUCGUUGUCCUUGUGACGACGUGACUCCACAGGACGUCCACCAUCUUCUCAAAUCCUGCCCAAUAUUCCGUAAGCACCGAGAAACAUAUAUAAUGACAUGCCUCAAUAAGAACUUAGAACCAUUUAACAUGAACACUGUACAUAAAUCUGAAGACGCCGUAAAAUACUUAGUAGAACAUAUAAACCAAAUAGUAAAUCAUUUAAAACGGAUCAACGGCACCUAG